ACUAUUUAUGGAGUUGUGUUCCUUCAGAUCACUUUUCUUUUCUUAGCAAAACCAAAACCUCUCAAUCUUUCUGUUAGGACAAUCUCUCUCUCUUUCACACACAAAGACUGCAAAAACCAUUCAGACCUUUGUAUAAAUGCUGUCUUAGCUUUCCACCUAUCCUCAUGUACUAGCUUUGAAAUUUUCUCAGCCUUUUCCUCUGUUUUGCCUUUAAAUACAGUUAGGAGAAUUGUACAAGAUUUUAUGUCCAGUUUCUGAUACAAAGAAUCAGGACAUAGUCACAACAAUGGAAAGAUUGUCCUGUUUCAAUACACCUGAUGAGCCUAUGGAACUACCACCAGGUUUUCGUUUCCACCCGACCGACGAAGAGCUCAUAACUCAUUACUUAUCUCCUAAAGUGCUCGACAGCGGGUUCAGCGCGGAAGCUAUAGCCGAUGUAGACUUGAACAAGGUCGAACCGUGGGAUUUGCCGUGGAAGGCGAAAAUGGGAGAGAAAGAGUGGUAUUUUUUCUGUUUGAGGGAUAGGAAGUAUCCGACUGGAUUGAGGACGAAUAGAGCUACCGAUGCUGGAUACUGGAAGGCGACGGGGAAGGAUAAGGAGAUUUAUCGUGCGAAAACGUUGGUGGGAAUGAAGAAAACUUUGGUUUUCUAUAGAGGGCGGGCACCUAGAGGGGAGAAGACGAAUUGGGUGAUGCAUGAGUACAGAUUAGAAGGAAAACAUUCCAUGAGAAACCUCCCAAAAACUGCUAAAAAUGAAUGGGUGAUCUGUAGAGUCUUCAAGAAGAUUUCAGGAGGGAAGAAAGUGCAUAUAUCAGGGCUUAUGAGGAGUAUAGAUUGUGGUACUGCUGAUGCGCAGCCGACCGAUUUGCCUCAGCUCACGGACUUAUCUUCUGAAGAAAAUCAGACAAGAAUAACAUCAGCUGCUGAGGGAUCCAAUCUAACAUGUUUCUCCAAUCCAAUAGAGGAACAUCUAGACAAAUCAGUUGAUGAAUUGACCUCUUCUUCAAAGCCGACUCAUUUUCCGCACUUUCCGUUCACUUUCCCUAAAGUUUCAAAUCCGAGCUCAAAUCUCUCGUCUCAGACCGUUUCGUGUUCAGGGAAUGCGCACUGGCCGGACUCUGUGACCAUGCAAGACGAGUCGAUACUACGGCUUUUGCUCGAGAAAAAUGGACCCUUCAUGAAGCAAAAUGUUAAGGCAGAAUUCUCAGAGGAUAUUGGCAUCAAUACUGCUGAUCUGGGAUUUAAGCCUUAUGAUGAUCAAGAAUUUCCAAUCAUUUCCACUGGUCCUCUAGACCUUGAUUGCUUCUGGAAUUACUAAUAAAAACUUAGAUGAAUAGGAUGUUGUUAGAGUAAUAGAAAGAUUGUUAUUUGUGUAUAGGUUUCUGAACUCACAUUUGUAAGAAACAAGACAAGAUUCUCAAAAUGGUGUACUUCAAAUUCUUGCUGAAUCAGAGUCAAUUCUUUUUCACAUGUCA